CAACAGUGAGCCAGUAGAUGGAACCGGUUGACAGAAUUGUUUGGUGUUCCGUUACGGUGAUGUCCAAGUGUUCAUUGUACUGUGUUGUUCUGUGCCGUAUCAAUUCGUUGAAAAAUCUGCAAGGAAGUCGCCUAUCGGCGGCACUUAUCACCACCUCCGGCAACGACAACGUGGAUUGAGUGUAAUUAGCUGGCAGUGUGUGGUGCUGUGGGGCAGGAGACGAUGAGGGCCAGGGGGAUAAUUCGGGUGGCGACUUGAGGGUAGAAAUGUUGAAAUUUGGCAGCAAGAGUGACGUUACAGUGGUGCAUCGCGCCACUAUUCGACUCCUCGACGACGCUGAAAUAAUUCACUGCGACUUUCAGCCACAGCACAAAGGAAGGUAUAUCCUCGAAUAUGUAUGCAAACAACUCAAUAUUUUGGAAACGGAUUAUUUUGGACUUCGUUACGUGGAUCACUGUAGGCAGAGGCAUUGGUUAGACUUGGCAAAAACGGCGAUUAAACAAGUAAAAGACAUGGACCCGAUUCUGUUUAGCUUUCGCGUGAAAUUCUAUCCACCGGAUCCUCUGAGGCUAAAGGAAGAAAUAACUAGGUAUCAAAUAUACCAGCAGCUGAAAAGGGACCUCCUUCAUGGACGACUUUACUGCAGUCCGGGUGAAGCUGCGCUGCUGGCAGCGUGCAUCGUGCAAAGCGAAUUGGGUGAUUAUGAUCCGGAAAUUCAUGAAGGAAACUAUAUAUCCGAGCACAAAUUAUUACUUAAGCAAACGGAGGCUAUCGAGGAGAAGGCUAUGGAACUGCAUCAAACACAAUUAAAGGGGUUCACAUCAGAACAAGCGGAAACUCAUUUUCUUAGAUUAGCUUCACAACUGGAUACCUAUGCUGUUGAUCCACAUCCAGUUAAGGACCAGAAAGGUGCACAACUAUAUCUUGGCAUAAAUCAUUGCGGGAUUUUAACGUUUCAAGGAUCCCGAAAAACACAUCAUUUCCGCUGGCCGGAUGUGCAGAAAAUCAACUACGAGGGGAAAAUGUUUAUUGUACAUUUAACGAUAAGUGAGGACGUGAGAACGAAGAAAAAGCACACUGUUGGGUUUAAGUGUCCCACGGGAUCGAACUGCCGCCACGUAUGGAGAUGCGCCAUCGAGCAAAUGUUAUUUUUCACAUUACCCAGAGCAUCGGACGCACCGGUUGUAAGCGGUGGAUCUAUAUUCUCAUGGGGUACGAAGUUCAAAUACACCGGAAGAACCGAGAAGGAAGUACUGGAAGAAACGGGUCCAUUGCGAAAAGAAGAACCACCUAUACAGCGUUGUCAAACUACGUGUCUUAGAAGAAAGGCUAGCAGUGUACCAGCAACACCAAGUACACCUAGUCAAGAUCUCGUUGAAAUAAGAUACUCCAGCUUACCACGUAGCUGUCAUAGCGCAGGUUUAGAUGGUGCUGGAAUGUCAGAAAGCAGUACUGGUAUUCCAUUUAGUUCACCUUACUGUCCGGAUAAUACCUUACCACCUCUGGAAACUGUAUCGGAGGACCAAGAAAUUCAUGCUAGGAGAAACAAUGCUGUAGACGAAAAUGAUACGCAUGCGAGUGCCACCCACAACACCACAACCACCACCAUUACCACUACUACCACCACCACCACCUCGAACACCAUCACAAAUCGUGCUAAAGUUAGAUCGAAAUAUCCAAAGAGCACGUUGAACCGACCUCAACCGUUGUACAGUCAAAAAAUAGUGAUAAGCUCGGAGGAAUUAGUUGGCCGUGACAUCGAUAACAUCGUCAGGCAGCGAAUAAACGCUCUUGAAAAGAGCCCAAAGGUGGUCAGAUCGACCGCGUUGAUCAUAAAGAGCUCAAAAGUAUCCGCCGAAUCGUUGAAAGCUGGUAAAGAGAUCGCGAAUGAGACGUACAUAUUCCCGGCAACCGAUCCAGGAACGUUCGUCACAACGGUCGUAGAAAGUCCUUCCGACUUUAGCAACGGUAAGAUGAUCUUGCACAGGUCCAACGAGCAGGUAAGCAUACUCGCUCGUCGGGAGCAUGAGAUAUCGUGGCACGGCACGACUGCGAUGACGAGAAGGGUGAACGGUUGCGUUUCCACGCCGAGAAAUGACGUCGAAGACAUUAGAAACGGAGUCAGAAUCACGAAAUCUCAGGAAAGGACAGUCGGUCAACACGAGGGCGAAGCAAACGACUACUACUUUAGGGAUUCUUUCGAUCAUUCUUCGUCGGAAAGUCAGCUACUGGAUUCAAGCGGUAAACCGCACAGUCGUUCGGUAACGCCUGUACCGAAAAUGCAGAAACUUCAAAAUUCGAAAUUGUGUCUUCAACAACAGCAACAACAACGGCAUCAACAACAAUCGCAAUCGCAGCAACAUCAGCAUCAACGGCAAUCACCUAGUCAGCGUUACGAUAGCAGAUUGAAGUACAAAAGUUUUCGAAUAGCGAGGCUUUUCAUACCAGCUUUUAUGCUUACGAUUACAGUUCUGUUCAUUGUGAUCGUCCUGGUGUUCGAAACAGACACGACGCUUUUCAAUAGCCUGCGCAAGACGCCAGAAAUGGUGGCCUUAAAGAACCAAUAUUAUGUCCCUAUCAAGGAGUUUUUGAGGACAAAGCUCGGCCUAUUUUGAUGCGACCUGACGAUGACCGGGCUAAGGUCGUCCUUUGUCGCUAAUUAGCUCCCUUCAGUGCCAAGUCGAGAAGAUGCUCUUGCCGAAAAUCAAGAAACAAGCGAGUUUCAAAUGCCGUUUCACCGUCGCGCGCGUUCUUAUUUCUUCUAUCGAAAUACGAGGAACUUCAUUUCUCUUGCGUUUCUACUCGGAAGUAUACUUAGGUGCAUUUAUAACAAACGUUAUUUGUGACUAAAACUGGUACCUUCGAUUUAUUCAUUCUUUAUUUUCAACUACUUAACAUCUUUAGGGGUGAAUUUAUUGAUCGUUGCAAUACUAAGGGAUUAUGUUUUCUAGGUUGCGUGCAAUUUUGUAAAUUAUUUUAAAACGAUGUUUAUAGUAUUUGAAUCGAAUUUAUUUAAUAACGAUGAAUGAAAGUCAUUAUUUAGCGAAUCAGGAAGAUUGUAUUCGUAAUCAAUUACGAAAGUAGGUCAUUUACAAGUACAUUUUGAAUUAAGUAAUAGAAGAUGAGAAGAAAUAUUAGCUAGCUUAUUGCACAAGACACCUUCACAUUCCAUUCAACAUGAAAUGUAUCAUUUAAACUUCGAUUUUUAAUUAUUAAGCCGUCUUGUCAUCGGGAUCACUGUAUUUUCUAUUGUAUAAAAGUUUCAUAUUUUUUAAGAAGCUUGAAAUUGUUGAAUAAACGCUUAAGAUGUCAUUUAA